AUGUCAGGAAUAGCAUUAUCAAGAUUGACAGAAGAAAGAAAGCUGUGGAGAAAAGAUCACCCAUAUGGAUUUUAUGCUAGACCAUUAACCAACCCAGAUGGAACAACAAAUAUGUUUAUUUGGCAAUGUGGUAUACCAGGAGUAGAAAAGACUAUUUGGGAGGGAGGCGUCUAUCCUAUGACUAUUGAAUUUUCAGAAGACUACCCAAGUCGUCCCCCAAAAUGUAGAUUUCCAAAAGACUUUUUCCAUCCAAACGUAUAUCCAUCGGGAACAGUGUGUCUCUCUAUAGUCAAUGACGAUGGUGAUUGGAAACCAUCAAUCUCUGUAAAACAAAUUCUAUGUGGUAUUCAAGAUUUAUUAAAUGCUCCCAAUCCAAAAAGUCCUGCUCAACAACUUCCUAUUACCUUGUUUAUUUUAGAUUCUAGAGGAAUAACGAUCAAGAUUUAA